AUGCCCAGGUUAUCAGCGCUAGAAGAGGACGUUGAAAAGAUCCUGAACGAAUACUCACGAACCGAAAACCUUGAAGCCUACAAAAUUUGGAAAAAGCGGAAGAACUUGGUGCUGAUGGCAAAGUGUAGAACGCUGUACCACUUAGGCAGCUAUCAAAAUGCGAUGGGUGCGGCGAGGCAACUGAGUGAUGGUGCGGAUUCGGAUGAGGAAAAAGCGGAAGUCGAAAGGGCAAUUGUCAGAAUGGCCAUAGCGACCGGGGAUGAAAAAGCGUUGGAAUCGGUGCUGGAGAAAGCUGUCGGGUUAUCGCAGAAUGAUGUGGUUUUUCAUAAGGCUCUUCGCGCCAUUUUUCACGGCAAUUUCACGCACGCGAUGGAUCACUUGAAGAAGGCGGUAGAUGCUGGGGAUAAUCGGAAUAAGGAAAUAUCACCACCAAAGCAGACUUGCUUUCAGGGUGCCAUUUGGAGAUCUAUGAUCCGUUCUAUGGAGACAUUAACAGUACACGCCUCGGGGACGCUAAAAAUCAUGGAAAGUUGGCUGAAAAAUGUGGAAAUGUGCCGAGCAAGGUGUCAUUACUGGCCAUACGGCCAAAAUGUAACUUUUGACGUCUGGCGCGAUGUCGCUCACGAAGAAUCGAUCAAAUUCGAUUGCGAAUUCAUCUACUCUGAAUGUUUCGAUUUUGCUGGAGACCUGGUUGAUCGAUAUUUGCAUGUACGAUUAAUUGAGACUGACUACAGGUCCGUUGAGCCCAAAGAACCUAACAACGACAAUGAAAAUAUGCAACCCGACGUCCAUAUCAUAGUCUUAGAUUCGGUAUCAUCGACCCAGGCGAGAAGAUCGCUUCCGAAAACGUUGAAAUUCCUUCAAAACAACAUGGGUGGGGUGCUGAUGCAUCAGCUGAAUCGGGUCGGGUCGAAUAGUGUGCCGAAUGGAUAUGCUUUCUUGACAGUAUCUCGUGGCCUGUUGGGCGGAUCUGCCGACCUCCCCGUCGAGUUCAGCUAUCAUGACUACUGCUACACCCACAUCGACAACAUCUCGAUUGUUUUUAAGGACUAUGAAAGACGGGGAUACAAAACGUUGUACAGUAUCGACUGGGGCGAUUUGUGGACGUACCCGGAUUGCCGGGGGUUCGAGAAGCAGGCUUUCACGCAUGAUGCCAGACCUAUCGUCGGCUCCCUUGAAGCAAGUCCGGAAUUUGAGAAAGAAUUGUUGGGAAAAUGUAUAGAGGAAUGGGCCCUGCUACUCGCAUACCAUUCCCAAUUUAUGAGAAGCUAUAAAAAGCACCCGAAAUUCGGGUUGACCUGGGUCACCGAGUUGGCACACAACAACGCCAAUUGGCUGUGGUAUUCGGAUCAGAUUUUUGAGAAAUUCUUCCGUGACAACGAAAAAGCCUUGGAAAACUCCUUUGUAUUUUUCAUGGGAGAUCAUGGGCUGAGGUUUGGGCAGUGGCUCGACACCACCCUCGGCAAACGCGAAAUCAACAACCCAAUGCUGGUGGUUACCGUACCCAAAUGGUUACGAGGGAACAAAGAAUUAAUGGCGAACCUGAACCACAAUUCCGUGAAAUUGUUAACUCACUAUGAUGUAACUUGCGGCACCAUUCCAGUUACGGAUGACUAUUGCCUGUGUAAAUAUGAAAAGCUGAAAAAAAAAUCUUCUUAUUUUGAGCCGAUGGCUCGCUAUGUGGUCGCUGAAAUCAACAGAAAACUGGAAUCCGAGGGAAUAGCUGAAGAUUGCGAGGAAUUGACGCUUAAUAAGGUCGAAGACGUCCAAGCCUAUGUCCCGGAAAAAGAGCUACGAAUCUACGAGAUUGAAUUUACAGUCGAUCCAAAUUCAGCACGAUACAGGGCUUUGGUGCAGGGCGUGCCGGACAGCGGGGUUUUUCAAUAUUCGGGGCACGCGAAUCGACUUGACGCCUACGGGAAGACGGCCGAUUGUGUGGCCAAGAAGAAGCCGGCGAUGCGACCGUUUUGCUAUUGCAGAGAU